UUCGCUGAUCCCUGCGGCCCCGGCUGGGCCGCUCUGGGUGUCUCCCUGUUCACGUUUAGCUUCUACGUCGGCGCAAUUGGCCUGCCCUUUGACGACCCCAAUGUGGCCACCCUGGCCACAACCUCGCUGAUCAUCGGCGGCCUCGUCGUUUUCAUCAGCGGAAUGUGGGCGUUUGCCAACAACGACACCGUCCACGCAACAAUUUUUACGCUGUAUGGAUCCAUGUUUGGCGCUGUCGGGUAUCUCUCUAUCUUGGGUUUCAACAUCUACAACACCCUGGACCAAGACAAGACUGUCAGCCAUGCUGCCGGCACAUUCUGGCUCGCAUGGAUGCUCAUCACUCUGGUCAUUACGCUCGGCACCGUGCGCCACUCCCCCGGAACCACUGGAUUUAUGAUCAUGCUUUUCAUGUCCUUCAUUCUGCUUGCCGGCGGAACCUGGACCGAGCGCAGAACCGCCAUUAAGGCUGGCGGAUGGUUCUCCUUCUUUGCCUCGCUCGUCGCCAUCUACAACACGUUUGCC